GGCUUACAGGACAAACAGUAGCAAGGGUGGUCCACAAUGAAUGGGCCAUUCGUUUGGUAUGUGGGCCUCUAAGCCCAAAUUAAAAGGCCCAUUAAGUUAGGAAUGAAGAGAGUAGAGCCUGCUCGUGCUCGUGUUGUGGGUAUGGCGGUGGUAGUGGCGUCUUCCGUCGCCGUCCUCUUCCCUUAGCCUAUGAGCCGUUACUCGCUUCUCCAAACACCCACCACCUCCAUCAUCACCAUCAUCAACGAUAACAACUAUAUAACACACAAUCGUCUUUCUCUCACACAAAGAUCUAUUAUAUUAUAUGCUCAAGAAUGGCAUGGAGGGAGCUUGGAAGAAAGAGAAUUUAUAUGAAUACUUUUAGAACUUUGAAUACAUCAUCAUUUAGGCGUGUUGUAGGAUCAAGCUAUGGAUCUACAUAUACUACACAGUUUGUUUAUGCAUCAGCAAGAUGCAUGCCAGACCUCAUCAGCCACUCAUCUAUAGGAGUGGAUGGUUUGUUCAGUGGGACAAAAGAAGGUGGUAUACGGUGCUUCCAUGCUAGUCCUGCAGUCUGGGCAAGAAGAGGUGAUGAGCCAUUUGGGUUAAAGACCCCAAAGAAGGAGAAGUACAUAAGAAGGGAAGGUAGAAACCAGCCACCUGUUGAAGCUCGAUAUGUCCCUCGUAAUGUCAAAGCACCAAAAUCUAAUUCUGAUAAAACAGUAGAAAUCUUUGAAGGCAUGACCCUUGAUGAACUGGCAAAGCGCACUGGAAAAUCAGUAUCUUCUUUGCAGGAUAUACUCACAAAUGUUGGUGAAAAGUUAGAAUCAGAGUUUGAGCCUCUCAGCAUGGAUAUUGUAGAGCUUGCUGCAAUGGAGGUUGGGGUCAAUGUGAAGAGGUUACAUUCGGCCGAGGGUACUGAAAUCGUACCUCGUCCUCCGGUUGUAACUGUGAUGGGCCAUGUUGAUCAUGGUAAAACUUCUCUUCUUGAUGCCUUGCGUCAAACAUCAGUGGCAGCCAGAGAGGCUGGUGGCAUAACUCAGCAUCUAGGUGCCUUUGUGGUGGUCAUGCCAUCUGGAGCAUCAAUCACGUUUCUUGACACCCCUGGUCAUGCUGCAUUUAGUGCAAUGCGGGCAAGAGGCGCAGCAGUCACGGAUAUAGUAGUGCUAGUUGUUGCCGCAGAUGACGGAGUGAUGCCUCAAACACUUGAAGCCAUGUCCCAUGCAAAAGCAGCUAAAGUACCAAUUAUAGUUGCAAUUAAUAAAUGUGAUAAACCAGGUGCAAAUCCUGAGAAAGUGAAACUGCAGCUUGCUUCGGAGGGCUUACUGCUGGAGGAGAUGGGUGGUGAUGUUCAGGUCAUUGAAGUUUCAGCACUUCAAAAAUCUGGAUUGGAUAACCUAGAGGAAGCUUUACUUCUUCAGGCUGAAAUGAUGGAUCUGAAGGCACGAAUUGAUGGGCCUGCUCAAGCUUAUGUGGUAGAAGCAAGGCUUGACAAAGGACGCGGUCCAUUGAUAACUACCAUAGUAAAGGCAGGAACCUUAACUUGUGGUCAGCAUGUGGUUGUAGGCUCAGAGUGGGGAAGAAUAAGAGCUAUUAAAGACAUGGCAGGAAGGUUAACUGAACGAGCAACUCCUGCAAUGCCUGUUGAGAUUGAAGGGCUUCGAGGCUUGCCAAUGUCUGGUGAUGAUGUUAUUGUUGUUCAUUCUGAGGAGCGAGCCAGAAUGCUGAGUUCUGGUAGGACAAGGAAGUCCGAGGAGAAUAGACUUAGGAGGAAAUUGAAUGAGGACAUCCCAUCUACUUUGGAAUCAUCUGAGGAGGUUCCACAGAGGGUUGAGAUGCCAGUAAUAGUAAAAGCAGAUGUUCAGGGAACUGUUCAAGCUGUUACUGAUGCAUUAAGAACUUUAAAUAGUUCCCAGGUUCUUGUGAAUGUUGUUCAUGUUGGUGUUGGCCCUAUUUCUCAAUCUGAUGUGGACUUGGCACAAGCUUGUGAUGCGUGCAUAGUUGGAUUCAAUAUCAAGAGUCCACCAAUUGCUCUUAGUCAGGCAGCAACUCGUGCCAGUAUCAAGGUGAUUCUGCACCGUGUUAUUUACCACCUUCUGGAGGACAUAGGAAAUUUGAUAAUAGAGAAGGCGCCGGGUACUUUUGAGACCCAGGUAGCUGGUCAGGCAGAGGUGCUGAACAUCUUUGAGGUGAAGGGCAGCAAAACAAAGGGACCUGAUGUUAAGAUUGCCGGGUGUCGGGUCGUAGAAGGUUUUGUGGCAAGGACGGGAACCAUGAGGCUUCUGAGGAGUGGGGAAGUUGUGUUUGAAGGACUUUGUGCAUCUCUUAAGCGGGAGAAGCAGGAUGUGGACAGUGUGAAGAAGGGUAAUGAGUGUGGAUUAGUGAUCAAUGAUUGGUAUGAUUUCAAGAUUGGAGAUGUUAUUCAGUGCUUGGAACAGGUUGUGAGGAAGCCCAAGUUCAUAAAGUCAGAGAGUGGUGCUGUUCGAAUUGAGUGCUGAUCCAAUUUUGUGGUGAAAUUAUUACACACCAAGCCAGCAAAUAGGAGGGUAUGUCAAAGUAAUUCAUUUUUGUUGUACCUAAUGAAGAUAAAGGUGGUCAUUAAUUAUUGAGGUAUAAUUUAAAUAGGAUAGUAUAAUAGGUUUUUGACCAAGCAAUGUCAGAUUUUAGUAUAUGAGAAUCACAGAUCUACCAUUUUAUAGAAUGUGUUAAAUUCUACCA